AGCACGUAUUGAUUAUCGCACUCGUUUGAAUGCAUCACUUGAUUGCAUUCGCUUCUUAUUGCGACAAGUUUUUGCUUUUCACAAUCAUGAUGAAAGUGAAGAUUCAAGCAAUAAGGGUAAUUUUCUUGAGCUUUUGAAGUUUCUUGCAAAUCAUAAUGAGGGUAUUAAAGAUGUGGUGUUUAAAAAUGCUCCUGAAAAUCUCAAGUUAACAUUACCUGAAAUUCAAAAAGAUCUUGUGUAUGUAGCAACAUGUGAAACCACCAAUGGUAUCAUGUUUGAUAUUGGUGAUGAUGCUUUCUUUUCUGUUUUGGUUGAUGAAUCGCGUGAUAUAUCAGUCAAGGAGCAAAUGGCAGUUGUACUUCGCUAUGUGAAUACCAACGGACAAGUAGUUGAAAGAUUUGUGGGCAUAAAGCAUGUUCCUAAUACCACUGCUUUUUCACUUAAAGAGGCAAUUGAUCAGUUAUUCUCUAUAAAUGGAUUAAGCAUAUCUAGAUUGCAUGGACAAGGUUAUGAUGGGGCUAGCAAUAUGCAAGAGUAUCAUGUUAACGUCAAGACAUGGUUAGAGAAAGACAACAAGCCAAAGUUAUGGAAGCUAUUCAAAAUUAUAAGCUUCCAAGUGGGCAAGGCUUGAACCAAGAAACUAGUCUUAAACGUGCAAGUGAUACACGUUGGGGCUCACACUAUGGUACCUUGGUAAGCUUGAUUAAUAUGUUCUCUUCUGUAAUUGAGGUGCUUGAGAUGAUUGUAGAUGAUGGUGUAAGUCUUGAUCAAAGAGGUGAAGUGGAUAUUUUGUUGAAUCUUUUGCAAUCUUUUGAUUUUGUCUCUAGUCUUUUUCUGAUGAAAGAAAUAUUGGGAAUCACAAAUUUGUUGUCACAUGCAUUGCAAAAGAAAGAUCUCGAUAUAGCGAGCGCUAUGGCUUUAGUCAAAGCAUAUAAGCAACAACUACAAGCAAUGAGGGAUAAUGGAUAGGAUGAUUGGCUUGAUAAAGUUUCUUCUUUUUGUGGCAAGCAUGAUAUUGAUAUUCCUGAUAUGAAUGAUAUCUUUGUAGCUCGAGGGAGGUCACGGCGUAGAGUUGAAAAUUUGACAAACCUUUAUCACUACCAUGUUGAUCUCUUUAUUGAUAUUAUUGAUAAGCAACUUCAAGAGUUGAACAGUCAUUUUAAUGAGACAACUACAUAGUUGCUUUUUUGUGUAGCAUGCUUAAGCCCAGAUGACUCAUUCUCAUCUUUUGACAUUGAAAAGUUAGUUCAACUUGCUCAAUUUUAUCCAAAAGAUUUUUCUAAUAUGGAGCUCACACUUCUUGAAGAUGAACUGAAGAAUUAUAUUUUUGAUAUGCGUUUGCAUAAUGAAUUUUUUGCGUUGAAAGGAAUUAAUAGCCUUGCACAAAAGUUGGUGGAGACAAAAAAGGAUAGACAGUAUCCCUUGGUGUACUUGCUAGUGAAAUGAGCAUUGAUUUUACCUAUUGCGACUGCUUUAGUUGAAAGAGCUUUUUCGGUGAUGAAAAUUGUGAAGAAUCCACAUCGUAAUAGGAUGGGUGAUCAAUGGUUGAAUGAUAGUUUGGUUGUGUACAUUGAGAAAGAGGUAUAUGAUUCUAUUAAUAAUGAUGUUGUAAUACAACGUUUCCAAAAUAUGAGAACAC